AGGAAAGAACAUAUUGUUACACCUAUAUAAGACGACAAAAAAAAAGUACCGAAAGAAAAUCAAUUCUGGUCAAGCUAUUGUCCUCUUGUACAAGUUGUCACUCGGAGAGCAAUGGGGGUGCACGGGCUGUGGAAGCUGCUCGAGGGCACCGGGAAGCCCAUCAACCCCGAGACUCUCGAGGGCAAGAUCCUGGCUGUCGACAUCAGUAUCUGGUUGAACCAGGCAGUGAAGGGGGUGAGAGACAGGGAGGGUAACAGUGUCCAGAACGCCCACCUCCUCACCCUGUUCCAUCGCCUCUGUAAACUACUCUUCUUCCGCAUCAGACCCGUCUUUGUGUUCGAUGGAGACGCACCUCUGAUCAAGAAACAGACCCUGGCCAUCAGAAGACAGAGGAAGGAGGAGAAGACUAUGGAGUCCAAACAGACCAAUGACAAACUCCUCAAGACCUUCCUGAAGAGACAAGCCAUCAAAGCUGCUCUGGGAGAGGAGAGUCACGAUCAUCUGCCCAGCCUGUCUGGUGUGAGGAGAGAGGAGGACAUGUACAUGCUGCCUGCCCUGCCAGCCCUGGAGGAGAGAGAGAGGGGCAGCUCAGAGGAGGAGCAGGAGGAGGAAGAGGACAGCCAUCACAUCUACCAGGGUGAUUUCUAUGAAGACUCUAACUCUGUGGACAUCAACUCUGAGGAGUUUUCUGCCAUGCCUCCUGAGGUGAAACAUGAGAUCCUUAAAGACAUGAAGGAAUUCAGCAAGAGACGACGCACCAUGUACCACACACCUCCUGAGCGGUCAGGUGACUUCUCCCAGUACCAGCUAGCAGGGCUGCUGCAGAGGAAGCAGGCUGGGCAGCGCGUCGUGGGCGUGGAGAGAGAGAUGUCCAACCGCAGUGCAGGGAACGCCCCGGGGGUGGAGCUAUACAACCAGGGGGAGGGGCACAGCGUGGAGACACGACGCCUCCUCUCAGAAGACUCCACCCACUACAUCCUCAUCAAAGGUCCAAAGAAGACAGACAACAGUGAGAGGGUUCCAGACGUCCAGCCUGCGGCCUCUCCCUGGUUGGGUGGUCCUCUGUCAGGGAGGGUUAGGGCGGGGGAAGGGAGAGACCUGAGCCCCUUUGGAGACCCAUCUCAGAGGAGGAGAGCCUGGAGGAGGGACCUCGUCAUCCACCCCCUCCCCCGGACACUGAAGGCCAUCCAGGCUGCAAUGGAUGCCAGCUUCUCAGACGAGGAGGAGGGUAGCUCCUGGGGUAGGGGUGGGAGUAGGGCUGGGGAGGAGGGUAGCUCCUGGGGUAGGGCUGGGGAGGAGGGAGGCUCCUGGGGUAGGGGUGGGAGUAGGGCUGGGGAGGAGGGUAGCUCCUGGGGUAGGGCUGGGGAGGAGGGAAGCUCCUGGGGUAGGGGUGGGAGUAGGGCUGGGGAGGAGGGUAGUGGCAGUGUGUCCCCUCGUACCAUCCUGGCCAUUCAGCGAGCUAUGGGAGAAGACUUGGAUGUAGGCACGCCCCCAAACACCACCCUGAUUGGUAAUUCUCCCGUUAAGCCCCACCCUCCCAGUCCCCAGCGUCCUGCGAACCGAUUGGUCGUCACCAGCAGCUCAGAGGAGGAGACUGAAGGGAAGGACACGCCCCUGAGGACAACUCUGACCAAUGAGGACAGGCUUGGGGUGGAGAAGGGGGAUGAGCAACAGUCGCCUCUCCCCCCUAGCCUCCCCAUUCCUCCUGCAGACAGGGUGCUCCUCAACAGGGAGGAGGAGGAUGAAACCCUCACCAGGAGGACCAGGGAGGAGGUGGAGGAGAUUCUGAGGAGUAACAGAGAGGAGUUAAGGCAAGCCAUCAACAGCAGGAACAGGGCUUUCCACUCUGCAGUAGGUCAGGAGGACAGUUUGGGUCAGGCUCUCAGUGUUAUCCCCCCAUCAGGCCCAGGUCUAAACAGAGAGAAGGAGAGGGAGAGGAGUAGCCUGGUGACUGGGCCUUUACCUCCAUCACAGCAGGAGAGGGAGAGGAGUAGCCUGGAGACUGGGCCUUUACCUCCAUCACAGCAGGAGAGGGAGAGGAGUAGCCUGGAGACUGGGCCUUUACCUCCAUCACAGCAGGAGAGGGAGAGGAGUAGCCUGGAGACUGGGCCUUUACCUCCAUCACAGCAGGAGAGGAAUGGACACGACACCAACACCAGGGAGGAGAGAAAUGGAGAGAUUGUGAAGAUGGAGGACAGUGAGGAGGAGAGCGAUUCAGAGAGCUUCGUUGACGUGUCCGAGGGGGAGGAGCUAAAGGAGGAGGAGACGGACGAUUCACUGAUAGAGGUGGGGGGCGGUGCUCCACCUAAGGCACAGGAAGACGUGACCAAGAAGGAGGAAGAGGAAGAAGAGGAGGAAGCUUUAAGUAGCAGAGCUGUCCCUUUGGAAGAGAGGGAUGAUGAUGAUGAGGAGGAGGAGGAAGCUCUCCAGCGUCCCACAGAGCCCAGCCCAGCUUCUGUUCCUGUACCCAACGAGUGGGAAGACAUCAACGUGGAUGAGCUGGUGGCGCUAGAGAGCCGUCUAGGAGAGCAGCAGUCCAGUCUGAGAGAACAGAAGCAGCAGCAGGAACGUGUGGCCGCCACGGUUACCGGACAGAUGUGUCUGGAGAGCCAGGAGCUGCUGAGGUUGUUCGGCGUGCCCUUCCUGGUGGCUCCCAGUGAGGCGGAGGCCCAGUGUGCUGCCCUGGACCGGACCGACCACACCCACGGAACAAUCACCGAUGACAGCGACGUAUGGCUGUUCGGAGGACGACACGUCUACAAGAACUUCUUCAGCCAGAACAAAUAUGUAGAACACUACCAGUACAUAGACCUACAGAACCAACUGGGUGUGGACCGUACCAAGCUGAUUAACCUGGCCUACCUGCUGGGUAGUGACUACACGGAGGGGAUCCCGGGGGUGGGAUACGUGACGGGCAUGGAGAUACUCAACGAGUUCCCUGGACCUGGCAUGGAACCACUCAGCAUGUUCAGUGAGUGGUGGUCCUUGGCCCAGCAGCAACGUCUGACCUCUGACCCCCGUGACUCCAAGGUCAAGAGGAAGCUGAGAGGGCUCCAGCUGCAGCCGGGCUUCCCCAACCCUGCCGUGGCAACUGCCUACCUGCAGCCCAGUGUCGACCUAUCAGAAGGCUCCUUUAGCUGGGGCCGCCCACACCUCGACCUCAUCAAGGAGUUCUGUCAGAGUCGUUUUGGUUGGAACAGCAGGAAGACAGAAGAGACUCUACAGCCUGUUAUCACACAGAUCAACACACAACAGACCCAGCUGCGUAUCGACUCGUUCUUCCGUCUGGAGCAGCAGGAGAGACAGGCCAUCAAGAGCCAGCGUCUCCGCCGAGCCGUCACCUGUAUGAAGAGGAAGGAGAGGGAGGAGGAAGGGAGAGGGGAUCUGCUCCCCGUCCAAGGCUAA